AGCCAACCAGGCUCAACAGUGACACUGGAUCAUCUGGGUCCUAUGGUGGUGAAUACGGAUGGGACACUCUCGCGGAUCGCGAACUGGGAUGGGAUGACGGAGAUUGAGAAGAAGACUACGCUGCGGGUGCUGGGGAAGAGGAAUAAGCAGAGGUUGGAGGCGUUGAAGGCU